UGAACCAAGUUAACAAAAAAAAAAGUUGUCUCGUUUGCGUGGUGUGUUGAAAAAAAAAAAAAAAACAGAACGUUCCGUUUUCUUUUCUGCAUGGAUUCUUAAAGAAAAAAAAUUUAACUUUUUUACUUUGCAAUUAACAAAACAGAAACUGAAAAUAAAGAGCGUCUUUUUUUGUGGAAUACACGGAUUACAGAACGACACUGCUUUGAACACCGCAAAAGAAACCGAGAUGGAUCAGAUCAAAAUCAAAGAAGCAACGGGAUCGAAUCGUAACGUUAUUAUCUUUUUAUAAUAAAACAUAUUUUUAGUUGACAGGGGAGAAUUAUAAGUUACAAGGUGUGUUUAUUUAAAACUACCCGGUAUUGUUGCCCAUUGUGUGCAUUUGUUUCCUUUGUUUUAUAUUUUUACGACUCAGGCGCAAAUAACUGUCCAAUAACCUUUUUUAUAUAUAUGUUUUAAUAUGUAAGAUAUAACACAUCAUAACUGAAAUUACAGUUGCAAGAGUAGGUAAAUAUAUAAACUGCCUGAUUUAUGCUGUUACAGUACAACUGCUUUUCUUUUUAAAACUACAUUAUCGUUUUGUUUUUAAAUUAUUACACUUUCCUUGCUUUAAUUUGUAUUAUUAAUAUUGAACGGUAUUAUUAUUAUUAUUAUUAUUAUUAUUAUUAUUAUUAUUAUUAUUAUUUAAAUACAUAUACUUUGGGAUUCUAUAAUAUUUUGUUAAAAUACAAAAAUUCAAUGGAUCGUUUGGGAAGCAAACUUCUUGAAAAAUUAAAACUGACGGACUCUGGCAGCGUUAAAUUCAAUAGAAAGAAAGACGACUCCUGCAAUAAUGCACAAAACACGGCCAAUACCAAAACGGCCAGUAAAACAAAGAGAGGAUCCGUAGCGUCAACUCAGGAGGAACUGUCCGGCUUGAACGGAGGGACUGCCGGGGUGUAUCAACAACUCACCCCGGGGAAUGCUCAGCCGGCCACUGGGGCUUCAGUUGAGGCCUGCUCGGGAACUGCAACUGGUCUCCGGUGCUCCUUGAGGCGGCCGCCUCUGACCCGGGACUGCCCGAGUGUGGAUGCUAACACAGGGGAGUAUACAAUCACUGAAUACGGCCGUGGAACAACCAUUGACUCACCAAGGGGCUACUCACUGGAAGCACGACACAGCGCCGGUUUGCAACUAGCGGACUCGAAUAUUGGCAAAGACUUGAGUGUCCACGACAAUGAGUUUGAGCGGGUGAGCAGCAGCAGCCGCCGCUAUUCUCUGGAGAUGCAGCAACUGAUGCAGCAGCAGCACCAUCAGCAUCACUUAGCAGGUUUUACUCACCGUUUUAGUGGCAGCGAGUUUUAUGAGUCACCAAUGCCCAAUGGCGAGCGACCCAAGCGUCUCUCCUUGCAGGAGGCUCCAACCAAACGUUUAAGCAAUGGCAGCGACUUUUCGGACAGGCACAGCUUUUUUUCCCCGCUGCAGCCGCGGCAGUUAGACCCCAGCGCAGUUCCAAGUUAUUACCCCCCGCCUUACAACAACGCUGGGAGUGGCAGCAACCCAGGCUUGAGUCCCCGUUCCUCUUACAGUCUCUACGAGUCGAUACUGAUCAGCCCGCGCUCCAGCUUUGCCAGCACGGCCAGCGGGGGGGACUCCCGGACGAGCGUCAACUUCGAGAGCCGUUCGAGCAGCAACCGGACCAGCGGAAUCAGCAUGGGCUACGACUCGAGGCACGGCUUCGGGGGAUCGAGCGCAGAGAGCCCGCAGUUAAGUGCCGGCGUCGGCCUGCAACAACCUCAUCUGGGGUGUCAGUUAUUCCACAGUCCUCGCUCCAGCUUGGUCAUCGCAGCAGCAGCAGCAGGGUCGAGCGGCCGAGGCGGGUCGUCCGUUAAUUACAACCCGCCAGCAUAUUGGGGAGCGGACUUUGAGAUCGGAGCGGCUUUUAGGCACCAGCAACGGGGGUUAUAUCUUGGGGGAAGCCCGGAUAAUCGGCACUCAUACCCGCCUGCUCUUGGUAGUCCAGCGGCUGCAAGUUUUUUCGAAAGGGACAUGGCUCGUCGCUCAGUUACCGGCUACCCGCAAGAGCAAGCCCGCAACUCAGCCGGGGCCCGUUACCAGGAAGAGCUGGCGUAUCUGCUGAGCCGAGACCGCUGCUUAAAGGAACACACCACCAAGGGCACCACAGUUACUGGGACUCUGGCUCAAGAAACACAGGCGCUCGCUUCUAUUCCAGCUGGAGCCCAGAGUACCCACAGUGCCCCCCCUGCUGCUGCACUGACCAGCAAGCAACAAGGCGCUCUCAUUCACCAGGUCAGCUCUGCCCGGGUGAGCCACACUCUCACCCGGCCCCAGGAGCAACCGGCACAGGGACAGCCAGGACGGGAGCCAGGGGAGUCGAAAGAGGAAUAUUUCGGGAAGUGUAUGAAGUGUAAUAAGGGGGUCUACGGAGCAGACAACGCCUGUCAAGCGCUGGACAGUCUAUUUCACACGCGCUGUUUCGUCUGCAGCUCCUGUGGCAGAACAUUACGAGGGAAGGCCUUCUACAAUGUGAACGGGUCAGUCUAUUGCGAAGAGGAUUACAUGUUCUCUGGAUUCCAGGAAGCUGCUGAAAAGUGCUGUAUGUGUGGGCAUCUCAUCCUAGAAAAGAUUUUACAGGCGCUGGGGAACAGCUACCACCCUGGCUGUUUCCGCUGUGUCAUCUGCAACAAAGCCCUUGAUGGCAUUCCUUUCACUGUGGACUUCUCCAACAAGGUGUACUGUGUCACUGACUACCACAGGAUUUUCGCACCAAAAUGUUCCUCCUGUGGUCAGCCUAUUCUACCUGCAGAGGGCUCGGAGGAAAUAUUCCGAGUGGUCUCCAUGAAUAAAGAUUACCACUUCGAGUGCUACCACUGUGAGGACUGUGGGAUGCAGCUGAGCGAUAAAGAAGGUCAGCAAUGCUUCCCAUUGGAGGGACACCUGCUGUGUCACUGCUGUCACCUGAGGAGAGCCAACGUGCAGCCACAAACACCUUCCCUCAGCUACAACCACUGAGGCUCUGGGGUUCCACCCUACCUUCCAUAUGCACCUGCUAUUCCUUCCCCUGGGAAAAGAAACUACAGGGACAGGCAAACAAACAUAAUGUAAAACAGCUCUGUUUCCAAAACAUGUAAGGGUAUUAUAACUAGUAUAGGACAAACAUUCAUGUUCAGAUAUUCUUAUAUGAUUCAGUACUACUGAAAUUACAGUAUAGAAAUCACUCUCUAAUCACCUAUUACAGAAAGAAGAGAACGGGUGCUCUUGAUUUCACACUUCAUUCAUGCACUGGUUUCCUUUGACUCUCUUCAAUUCUGUUGUUUAUAAAUUGUGUUAUGUGAACAAAUACAAACAUGGGCUUUUUGCUUCAAAAUACAUUUCAGUGCUUGUUAAAAUACUGUGUGCCCCAGCACUACUUUAUAAGAAUUUCUAGAACGAGAAAAGGCCAUUCGGCCCACCUAUUCUCACUCACUUAGUGCAAGUAUGGUUUGUUAACACUCAGGAGAGGUAAAACAAAAAAACCCGAACCAGGUUAGUAGGGGAAAUGAAAACCCGGGAAUCCGAGGCUAAAUGGAUCAGGCGGCUAGCUAAAGGUCUUAUUAUGGUCACAGAAAGGGUUAUACAGUAUUGUUCAUGACAGCAUCCAGUCUAUUCUUGAAGGAUCAGAUCAACAGCAGCCUGUUCCAAUGGUUCACCACCCUUUCCGUGAAAAAGCUCCUUCUCCCCUCGGCUCUGAAUAUGCCCUUCAGCUUCCAGCUGUCGCCCCUGGUUCUGUUCUCUGUGACCUGUGAAAAAUAAUUCUCAGUGUUACUGUGUUAAACCACUUUUAAUUUUUUUUACAGAAUUUUAAAUACCUCAUUAAGUUGCCCCUGGCUCCCCUUCUUUCUAGGCUAUACAGAUCCAGCUCUUUCAGUCUGUCUUCAUAUGACAUACCCUUCAAUCCUGGGAUUAAUCGUGUUUCUCUCCUCUGUACUCUGUACUCUGUACUCUCUCCAGAGUAUUCUAGGUGUGGUCGUACCAGUGCAUUAUAUUACUUUAAUAUAACUUAUCUAGAUUUGAAUUCAACUGUCUUGGCUAUAUAACAUUCUAUUUGCCUUUUAUUUAUAGCUUCUUCGCACUAGUUGGCUUAAGAGAUUCAUACGCUACUCCCCCAAGUCCUUUUCAUAUUUUUAUACUAUUCAUGUUGUACUUGCCUCUAAUGUUUUUGCGCCCUAUGUGCAAGACUUUGCCUUUAUUACAUUAAAUUUAAUCUGCGGUGUGUCAGCCCAAGCUUGAAUCUCUUUGUGUUAUUAAAGUUGCUGGUUGGGAGUUGGCUGCCCCUCCCAGUUUUCUGUUGUCUGCAGAUUUGUGUAGUUUACUGGUUAUGACUGCUAAUCAAAUCUUGUCAAAGAAGACAUCAUUUUCUUCUCUUUCAGUGCAUCAUUCACCCGAGCUUUGAGAGUUUUGCUGUAGUUAUUUCUGCAGCUGCCACAUGCUAAGUUUGAUGGAGGUGCAGUACUGGUUCAGAGUCCUGCACGGGUACAACCCGCUUCCGACCCGAACUGCAGCACUGUCUUCUUACCAGCGACCCGACCCGACCCACUUUAGCCCUUUGCAGUCCAUUUAUUAACUGCGCGUCAGGCACGUCAGGUCUAAUUAAUUCACACGCGCAGUUAAUUUUAUACGCGCUGUUUAAAAGUAUUUUUUUUCACAGUCAAACGGGUUUAAAUGGCCCUGCAUAUCAACAAAGCACUCACUAGGCAUCUCCAGCCCCGCCCCACCCUUUUGUUUGCUAUAGCGUUCACCUAUGUAAGAAAUAAAUAAUAAUAAUAAUAAUAGUUGUACAUACCGAUCAAUCAUCUCCGGAUCACUCGUUUUAUCACCAAACUCCUCAAUAAUGCGAUCCAAGUCAUUAUUUUAUUACUAUAACAUCUGAAAAAAGCUCUGCAAAUGUCCAUGAUAGUCUCAGUGCGCUGACGCACUCAGCCAGCUUGUUUACUAUGAACGCCCCGUUAUCUGAUACCUGAUACCAUGUAUGACUAUUCAUGAGAUACGCUUUUUUUUUUUUUCGACUUGUCUCGGCUCCUGUCGCUCCCACUCGGCAAUUGAAUGGUUUUCUCGGCUUUUUCCGGAGAAAAAACGACUAAACACCCGUUUAUUGCGUUGCUAUAAUGAUGUCGGACCCAGUGCGACAAAGGACCUGUGAGGAAUAAUUGCAACGUUGGACCCAGUCCGACAAUGGACCGCAAAGGGUUAGACCUGCGGUUUUGUGGGUGUCACACACAAAAAAAAUGACAGGUUUUACAAGCAACGAAUCCAGUCAUUAUUUUCAUUCACUAUGAUUCCAAAAGAAUUCCACACUUCUGAGCGACCUAUUAUCCACUACAUGAUAUAAACCCUGCGCUAUCUUUUGUUUCACCUCGUCCACAGGCAUUUUUAAUACCACCAAGCAGACAUGAUAAAAGGAUCUUGACGUAUCAAACAAAUACAAACCAAGAACAGGAAAUACCGGUAUGUUAUUUGGGAAAAGGUUACAGACGAGUAUGCGGAAAGGACAAAACACGUUUUUGGUGAUUGAAAUUCAGACCCGAGCUUGACCUGAAAAUUAAUUUUUUUGACCCGAACCGCGAAAAAGUUCACAUUCCGACCCAAACCCGACCUGCUUUUGCAGGCCACCCAAGGGUACCCGACCUGAUGCAGGACUAACUUGGUUUGCUCUCCAUCUACACUUCUUUACUUCUUUACUUCCUUCCUGUGUCCCAGAUAAUAGGACCCCCUCCUGACCCCCACAUACUUGUGGGAGGCUAUUAUCUGGGACAGGAAGUAAAUAAGUGUAGAUGGAGAGCAAACCAAGUUAGAGACCUGCACCUCCAUCAAACUUAGUGUUGUGGCAGCUGCAGGAUAAAUUGGCUUCACCCCCAAAUAAAUGAAAAUAAAUAAGUCUAGAAACAAAGCACAGAAACCAGAGUGGAGGAAGACUUGGAGGGAAGGAGACACUUCUGCACACAGAGUGGUGAGGGGAUGGAAAAGGAUACCGAAUCAUUAGGAUCCUUUAAGACUCAACUUGAGUUUUGAGAUUGUCGGAACCAGACGAUCACUGAGGGGCAGAAUGGCAUCCUCCCAUUUGUAGAUUUUCUUCUGUUCUUAAAGGAGAAUAUUUUUGCUACUAAGAGGGGCGAGUAUGGAUUUUAAAACCUUGGCUAGCCCCAAACUGAACAUUCCAUAAUAAUCCUUUGUUACUUGAGAUAUUUCCUACUUUGACACAAGGGAAGCAUUUCCUUAGUAUCUCCAAUAGCAAUGACUUCCCCAGUGGUUGGGGGCUAAAAACCCUAAAGUUACAAACAAACAAGUCAAUGUUGAAGCACAAAAAAAUAAAGACUGAUUUACUGCUGUUAGUUUUUUGUUGCACUGUCUGUUUAGUUAUAAUAUUCCACAGGUAUGUUAUUCCACCAGUUUUAAAAGGUACCAGUAUUUAAAUGUUAAUGUUCUUCACUGUACAGUACUGCUUUUUAAAGUUUACAAUGUAUUGUGACACUCUCUGCAAAGGUACACAAAUAUUGUGGUCUGUUUAAAAGUAUGGGGGGGGGGGGGAUGUUGUCCUUGUUAGUGUAGUUUAAGAUCACUGGACUAGAAUUACAUUUUAACUGCAGUUUGAACUUCAUUUCAUUAGCAUUUACUGCACUAGAAGUUAAGUAACAAUACAAUGCUGUAAAAUACAAACACUGUAAGCAAACAGGAAUCCUGUUCAUCUGUUUGUAAAGCAAGACCUGUUGUGUUUAGAAACUUGUUUACUGUAUUUUUUUGUUUCUUUUAACUAGCAAUUAUUUUGCACUUUUACUGACUGCAUUCCGUUUUAAUUAUAAUUUUUUUGUAUUUUAUUUUUUAUUUUAAGACUUUGUACGCUGGAUCGCAAGAUGAAAAAUGUUUUCAAGUCAUGUAUAUUCCAGCCCUGUUACAUUUGUUUUGCUAUUACAUAUUAAAGUGGCUUAACUGA